AUGGGUUGUAAAGAAGAACAUCCAAAAGCAAGUUUAGAUUUCCUAAGUAAACACUUUGGUGAAGUAUUUGGACAUUCAGUGGGGAAAUCUACAAUCGGUGACAUCCUGAAGUCCAAGGAAAAAUGGCUUACCAUUCCGGAAGAUUCUGCGGCCCUGUCUCGAGCAAGAAACGCCAAACAUAAGAAAAUGGAGGAGGCGCUCUUUUUAUGGAUGAAUGACAUGACCAGUAAGAAUGCAGCUGUUAAUGACGAGAUGUUGAUUCUGAAAGCGAAAGACUUCGGUGACAAGUUGUCAAUUAAGGAUUUCGCGUAUUCUCGUGGAUGGCUGGCCAGGUUCAAAUCUCGACACUCGAUUUCGAAGCAAGUGCUCCAGGGUGAAGCAGCCAGUGCCGACAAGACUGCAGUCAUCGCGGGGAGGGAGGAACUGAAGAAAGUUUUAAGCGAGUACGACGCCGAAGCUAUUUUCAACAUUGAUGAAACAGGACUUUUUUACAGAUUAGGACCGAAUUACACCCUAGCAACUAAAGCCACGCCUGGUGUGAAACGGUCAAAGGACAGAAUAACUGUGGCAUUGUGUGCAAAUGCAAGCGGAACUGUAAAAGUAAAGCCAUUUGUGAUCGCUAAGAGAUCGCUUGUGAGACAUUACAUCACCUGUGCCGAGGAGGGGCGUGACCAGAAACUGACUGUGAGACAGGCACUUCUCUUUGUGAAAACUAGCUGGGACGAAGUUAGUGCGCAAACAAUUAGCAACUGUUACAGACAUGUGGACAUUAUUUCUGAAGGUGAUUCAGAUUCUGUGGAUGAAGAUGACAUUGCAUUGUCGGAGCUGAGACUUCUCCUUAAUGAGUAUCCUUCAUCGGAUGUUGUGAGCGCCGAAGAAUAUGUCGCCGAAGAAGACAGUGAGUCAACAUGCGAGCCACUCAUCGGACAGCGCAAUCAUUGA